GCAGAAAGCCAGAAAGGAAGUAGCUCGGUUUACCAAAAAAGAAAGAAAGGAAGUAGCUCGGGAAGAGAUGACAGUCAUCCUAACGAACAAAAGCAGGGAGAAGACGCCUUUUGGGAAGCUUGGUGUGUUCAUCUGUCUCUGAAGGAGUGCGAUUGAAACGAACUUUUGUGAUAAUAAAUUGACUGACCGGCGAUUUGACAUGGCUCCUGCAACUAUAAUCUCGUCUUCUUCUUUCUUAUCACCGUCUCUUGGGUACCUUUUCUCUGCAACCAACUCCAGGACCGGGUCGGUGGGUUUCCUCGCUUCUGCGCCCAAAUUUCAUGCGCCAAACCCUCUUACUGCAACUACAACCUCCAUUUCUCUUUCAACCGUGCGGAAAACCUCCAGGAGGUUACUCCAAGUGAGAUCAGUGGCUGCUCCAGUAGAAGAUGUGGCUGGGUUCAACGAUAUGGUCUCUGGAACUCAACGGAAGUACUACAUGCUUGGUGGAAAGGGCGGUGUAGGAAAAACUAGCUGUGCUGCCUCACUUGCUGUGAAGUUUGCAAACAGUGGGCAUCCUACUUUAGUCGUGUCAACAGAUCCAGCACAUUCUUUGAGUGAUUCUUUUGCUCAGGAUUUAACUGGGGGUACACUAGUACAGGUCGAAGGACCUGAUUGCCCACUUUUCGCUCUUGAGCUGAAUCCGGAGAAAGCCAGGGAAGAAUUUCGUACUGCAUCUCAACAGAAUGGUGGAACCGGCGUUAAAGAUUUUAUGGAAGGCAUGGGUCUUGGAAUGCUUGUUGAUCAGUUAGGAGAGUUGAAACUGGGAGAGCUACUGGACACACCUCCUCCUGGUUUGGAUGAAGCAAUUGCGAUUUCAAAAGUACGGGUUGUGAUACAAUUUCUCGAGUCAGAAGAAUACAACAUGUUUACCCGAAUAGUUUUUGAUACAGCACCAACGGGUCAUACACUGCGGCUUCUAUCGUUGCCUGACUUCCUAGACGCAUCCAUUGGGAAGAUACUGAAGCUUAGACAAAAGAUAUCUUCAGCUACAUCUGCAAUCAAAUCUGUUUUCGGACAAGAAGAAAACCGACAGGAUGCUGCUGACAAGUUGGAGAAGCUAAGGGAAAGGAUGAUAAAAGUACGUGAACUGUUUCGGGAUGUGGACUCCACUGAGUUUGUUAUAGUCACAAUUCCUACGGUAAUGGCUGUUAGUGAAGCAUCUAGAUUGCGCUCCUCCUUAGAGAAGGAGAAUGUACCCGUUAAAAGGCUUAUCGUAAAUCAAAUCCUUCCACCAUCUGUUUCUGACUGCAAAUUUUGUGCAAUGAAAAGGAAGGAUCAGAUGCGUGCUCUUGAUAUGAUCCAGGAUGAUCAAGAACUGUCUACCUUGAGAUUGAUCAAAGCUCCUCUGGUCGAUGUAGAGAUCAGAGGCGUUCCAGCCCUCAAGUUCAUUGGUGACAUCAUAUGGAAAUGAUCAUAAGCAAAGAGUGCGAGCCUUGAAUCGAACCAUGAAAUUGAAACAUCAACCUAUAGUAAGCAAUUACAGGAAGAAAAGCUGAAUGCUAUCGUCACAGGCUGCAGAGAGUUUGUAGAGCUCGUACGAUAUUGAUGUUUUAAUUUCCGCAUCAAUGUGUACCGCUACACUUCAUGUAGAUAAUGUUCAAGUUUCAAAAUCUUAAGUUAGAUGUUGAUCAUUAAAGCUCAAACAGGAUACACCAGAGUAACUACAAUAUGGAUUUACAAUGUACACAGAGGGCUUGCUAGCUAUCUGUUUUUUUUUUUUUUUGUUGUUGUCAUGUGUAAGCUCCUACAUAUGUACAAAGAAUAUACUUCUCUGUUGGCGGAAAAAAGAGAAAAAGUAAAUUCACACGAAAUCACACCUUGGCUUCUAAAUAAAUGCUAUCUAUGAAUCUUGAUGCUUCAUUGAAUCGAUCGAAUGGCUAAAAAAAUAACUCACCGCCUCCGGCCUAAUGUCACCAAACCGAAGAAUGC